GAUAGCUUCACCGAGCUCCGGCAACAUGUCGGACACAACUUCGAUGAGACUGCUCCUGUGGUUGGGGCUGCUCUGGCUGGCAGUUCUCCAGCAGAUUGUCCCGGCUUCUGGGGAGGAUGCACCGGCUUUUCAGCGCAUCUACCAAACGGAAAAGACGGUGAGACGAACCAAAGGUCAGGAGAUGCGCAGCUAUGUAAACAAUAGCAUCGAUCCCUGUGUGGACUUUUAUGCGUAUGCCUGUGGCAAUUGGCGAUCGAUAUCCACGCCCCAGGAGCAACAUGAUCAGCAGAUAGACAGGGAACUCCUCCUGCUCAUACAGGAGAGCGUCGUGCGAGAGGACAGCCCCCUAGCGCGACAAGCUAAGGAGUUCUUCAAGUCCUGCCUGGCGGCACAGGCUGAGCAGAGCCAGCAGCAGCAGCAGUUCCUCAGCGAAUUUAUCAACCAAAACGGUGGCUUCCCAGCGGUUCCUGGAUCUCAGUGGGCAGUGCACCACCACGAUUACGACUGGCUUAGGGUUCUAGGUGGACUGCGACGUCGCUACGGAAUGGACAUCCUCAUCGGACUCCGGGUGGGAUAUAACUAUGAAAGCAUCUUUGAAAACAGCCUGUACCUGAGCGAGCCCAGCACUCUGAUUCCCCGGGAACUGUGCAUCCAAAAUCGCUCGGACAUCAGGGACUCAAUCUAUGCACCUUUGGAGCGCCGAGUGGCCCGUGAACUGACUACCUGGCUGGCCUUGGGCAAUGAGGAAUCCGCCCGCCUGGCCGCUGACAUUCUCACCUUUGAGCACGAGCUUUGCGGCAGUAUGAGAGGUGGCUCCUUGAACCCCUGGGACGCCGAGAAGCAGUUGUACGAGGCGAACUACACCCGCAAGACUCUGUCCGAGCUCGGCCAGAUAUUUGACCUAAACCUGGAAUCCUAUGUGACCGCCAGCUAUGAUCAGGUUAUCUUCAAGCCCGUCUACAUGGCUGCUCCGGAAUACUAUUGCCAGCUAAAGCGCACAGUGGCUGCUCACAAUAUGAGUCUGGUGGCCAAUUAUAUUAUGUACCGAGCGAUAUCCGCUCUUAAUUUUCCCAUGGAUGAACGACCUAAGAUGAGGAAAGGAUUGUGCUUGGAGCGCAUCAAGGAACUGAUGCCCAGCGCUUUGGGAGAACUGUAUGCUCGGCAGUUUGGCGCUGAUGAUACGAGGAAAGACCUGGACAGGCUGUUUGAGAUACUACAAAUGGCUCUGAGGAAAAGUCUGAGUGCUGAAUGGUUGGAGGAUGUCAGUCGACGGGUGGCCCAGAGGAAGCUUCAAGAUCUAAAGCUGCAAUUGCCCAGCUACGAGCACCCUUCUGCCUUGAAGCUGCAGCUGGAGCGCGCCAACUAUUGGAGCAAUCUGCGUCAACUCUUGGAAGCUGUUCAGUCGCAGCGAAUGAAUCAGCUCUUCGAGGAGUUCCCCCUCACACCCCACGAUCCCGUAGAGGCUUUUGAAGCCAGGGUUCGCCUCCGACCGGUGCAGCGCCGCUUGGAUAUGGGAUUGGCCCUGCUCCAGCCGCCAGCCUACAACCAUCACUAUGGCCACCCCUUCCGCUAUGCCACUCUGGGCUUGAAGCUGGCUAGGCAGCUGGUGACAGCUUUCGAUGAUCUCCACUGGUCGGUGGGGUUGCUUGAGCGCGAUAACUGGGAUGGCGAAACCGCCUGGAAGUACCAUCUACGAAGUGACUGCUUCAGCCGCCAGGUAGAACACUAUUUAAGAGCUAACUUAACCGCCACCAGACAGCUGAUCAAGGACAGUGCAGCCCUGAACGUUGCCUUUCAGGCCUAUCUCACCUGGCUGGGAUUUCAGGAGCCCAACAACGACUUGGACAUGCUACUCAAUGAGACACUGCCGGGAGUGAAUUACACAAAUACCGCUCUCUUCUUCGUGGCCUACGCCCAGCAGUACUGCGAUCUGGAGGAGUUUCGUCCUAAAGACGACCAGAUGGCAAUCGGAGGAUGGCUAUACAGUGCCCGACAAAAUCACUCCUGGACGCGGCUCCGAGUGAACGGGCCUUUAAGGAAUUCGGCAGAGUUUGCUAGAGACUUUCGGUGCCCGAUUGGGUCGCCAAUGAAUCCCGCCACCAAGUGCAGUAUAUACUAAAAAGAUAACAAUAUAAAUAUAUCCUGUUCCUAAAGCAUUUACAAAUAAAUCCUACGACUUUUCCUAUUAAUUUAUUGAAAGUUUUUCUAAGGAAAGAAAUGUCUAAAAUCA